UUUAUAUUGAGUUAUUGUUAUUUUUCGUCAUACACCAUCAUCUCAUGUUCAUUAUAUAUUAUUUUAAAAUGACUUUUCUCAGAUUUUAUUCAAAAUUUAUAAAGAACACUUCUGGAACUUUAUCUCCCAGAUUUCAUUUUAAUCGUAAUAUGUCAACAAACGUCGAGAAAUUCCAUAACGCCAGUCCAAGACUACCACUUUUAUACUAUAAAGCAUCUAAGCGCGCAAUGGAAUCUAUCAAUCACAGAGUUUUCUAUGCAAAUUGGAUUUUUGUUUUUGCGGCGUACGACCUAUUCACAACUUUUGUAGACUUUUAAUUUUUCAACUUAA